ACGCGCCCCGCGAUUCUGGGCGGACGUUUUCUCUGCCAGGUACCCCCACGUAGCGCUACGAAAAGUUUUCAUACCGGUACCGUGAAUGACGUGUAUUUGUAAUGAUGUUGUAUAACAGUUUAUAAAUAGUUGUUACAUUCAUAAGUAUGGUGGUGACAUUGACAAUAUUUGGAAAUAGUUUUAGAUAAAAUUUUUUGUGUUGGAGACCAGGUGCGCGUGCGUCUCGAUGCACGCCCAGCGCCGCGCGUGAGCAUGCUGGUGCACCUGUUGGUCCUCAGCACCGCACUAGCGGCGGCACCUAGCGGAAAACACGGGGGUAAAGAAGUACCAGAAUUCGGAGAGCCAAUCACAAAUCUGACAGUUCCUAUCGGCAGAGACGCGGCGUUCAAGUGUAUCGUCGUCAAUUUAGGCAAUUAUCGAGUGGGUUGGGUGAAAGCAGAUACGAAGGCGAUCCAAGCAAUCCACGACCACGUGAUCACGCACAACCACCGAGUGUCAGUAUCACACUCAGACCACUCCACGUGGUACUUGCAUAUUAAGAACGUGCAAGAGGAAGACCGGGGGCAGUACAUGUGCCAAAUAAAUACGGAUCCCAUGAAAAGUCAAAUGGGAUACCUAGAAGUAGUAAUACCCCCGGACUUCAUACCCGAGGAAACAUCAGGGGAUACAAUGGUACCUGAAGGUGGAACGGCUAGAGUUUCAUGCAGAGCUCGGGGCAUACCGCCACCGAGAGUCAUGUGGAAGCGGGAAGAUGGUCAAGAAAUUGUUAUAAGAGACAGUACGGGCAUCAAAACUAAAGUACUAACUUAUCAAGGUGAAGUGUUGAAGUUGACGAAGAUAUCUCGUUCUGAAAUGGGGACAUACUUGUGUAUAGCGGGUAAUGGAGUGCCGCCUACCGUCAGUAAGAGGAUCCACAUUAGUGUUCAUUUUCACCCAGUGAUCCAGGUACCUAACCAACUAGUGGGUGCCCCCCUUGGCACGGACGUAACUCUAGAGUGCUACGUCGAAUCGUCUCCUAAAUCCAUCAACUACUGGGUAAAGGAUCCCGGUGAACUGAUAAUACCAUCUGAGCACCACGAGAUGACUGUCAGGCAAAAAUCCAUGUUUGAAGCUGAAAUGUCCAUGACUAUAAAAAAUAUCAGACGCGAGGAUCUUGGAAGCUAUAUUUGUGUAGCCAAGAACUCUCUUGGAGAUGUCGAAAGCAAAAUAAGAUUAUAUGAAAUCCCAGGAAAUGGCAGACACGUUUAUCAAUAUCCAGAUGAAAGAACAACUUCAGAUGAGGAGUACGGCACCGAAAUAUAUGACGACGAUUUUGACAACAAAGUCGACGAGAAAAGCAAUCGUGUGCCUGAUCGCGCGAACAAAUGGUACGCAAACGAAGGUAAAAUUAUCCUGACAACACCCAACAAGGCCAUCGUUUUAUCCACGUCGCUGACAAUUACGACUAUUUUCUUAGGCUUAAUUAAACACCUACUUUAAACUUGUGCGAAAUAAUGAAAAUAAACAAGUUCAACUAAUAUUCUGGCGACUGAUUUAAAAAGUUAUUACAGUAUCAUUUUAAUCUCAAUUCAGUAUUAUAUUAUUUAAAUGCUUUCUGUGAAUGCUCUAGGUAGGAAUUAUUCCACGUGGAAAUUAAUAUUGUACGUGUUGUCUAAGUUACUCCUCCAACGUGUAACGUGAUAAUAAUUAGAUUUAUACAUGUAUAUAUACUUAUAUAUUAAGCUAAUGAAUACUAUAUCAAAGUUAUA